CAAGUUGGUUUCGGUCUUUCUACAUACCGGUGACCACCAUGCCCAAGAUGUCUGCGCCCAUAACAGUGUGUGCUAAACUGCUGUUAUGUCAAAUUAAACAGCCAUGGAAACAGUUAAGGAAACUCUCCCUUUCAGGGAACCCAUCAGUAAAAGAAAUACUUAGUCAGCCUGAGUUAAGAGGCCAAAAAAUAUCUGCAAAGGGAUGGGUGAAGGCGGUUCGGGCAAUGAAGGAGGGAAAGUUUGUUGAUUUAGGUGAUGGAUCUUCCCAGCAAAUCCUUCAAGUAGUUGUAACACCAUGUUGUGAUAAAAGGGAUAUCACAUUUGGAAGUUGUCUAGAAGUGACAGGUCUAUUAGAACAGAGCAAAGGACAAGGGCAGGCAGUCGAACUUGUUGCCGAAUCCAUCUCUCUGGUCGGCCCAUGUGAUGUCUCGGGAGACUAUCCUUUCAAGCCGAGAAAGCGGUAUUCGGCAGAUUACAGUAGACAGCAUCUACACCUGAGACAACGAACUAACUCCUUUGCAGCACUGCUCAGGAUGCGUAAUGUCGCGACACAAGAAAUACAUCGCUUCUACCAGAGUCUAGGCUUUAUUCAAGUGCACACGCCAGUUCUCACAUCAAACGACUGUGAAGGAGCUGGGGAGGUGUUCCACAUCAUGCCAGGCAUUCAAGCGAGCGGACCGAGAAAAAAUACUCCAGAUACGACAGAUAAUUCUACCCCACUGAUGUUCUUCGAUACCCCAGCCUACCUCACUGUGUCUGGACAAUUGCAUCUAGAAGCUGUUGCUAGUGGAAUGUCUAAGGUGUACGCAUUCAACACGGCAUUCAGAGCCGAGAAUUGUCAGAGUCGUCGUCACAUGUCUGAAUUCUACAUGGUCGAGGCAGAGCUGGCAUUUCUCUCCUCCCUGGACGACCUGAUGCAGAAUGUAGAGGACCUGGUGAAGACAACAGUGAAGCGAAUGUUGGAGACUUGUGAGAGUGACCUGACCCUGUUCUUCCAACAUCUAUCACCAAAGGGACACAAAGAACAAGUGCAGAAAAUGCUAUCGUCAGAAUUUAAAAGGAUGACAUACACAGAUGCCAUCGGAAUACUGCGAGGGCAACCGGGACUGAAGAGCAAGGCUGAGUGGGGUGACGACCUGUCUAACGAGCAGGAGCAGUGCUUGGUGAAGCAGGCCGGUGGCUUACCCGUGUUUGUCACCGACUGGCCAGCCUCGGCUAAACCUUUCUACAUGAGACCGAACCCAGAUGGGAAAACGGUAGCCUGCUUUGACCUGCUGGUACCGGAUGUGGGAGAACUGUGCGGUGGCAGUCUACGUGAGGAUGAUCUUGACCGGCUAGAAGCCAAGGUCGCGAAGCUGGGUCAAGCAGAUGCUCUCUCCUGGUAUGUCGACCUUCGCCGCUACGGAGCGACCCCUACUGGUGGCUACGGGCUUGGAUUUGAGCGCCACCUACAGUGGAUUUUGGGCAUCAACAAUAUCAAGGACACAAUCCCUUUUCCUCGCUGGACCCACCACUGUCGCAUGUAGUGAACAUUUCUCUCUCCAAUAUCAAAUCUUAGAGAGAUAAUACAAUAGGCAAUUCACUAUAUAUAUAGUAAUACUAUAUAGUAGGCAAUUUCUGCUAACGAUUUGGCUGUUAAUGAAACACGCUCUGCCAUGUUGUUCUACUGUCAUGAAUUAUUGUAUUAUUAAACAUGUACAAAUAAACUAGAUCUACAUAUA